UUAGUAAACGCCUCGAGACGUUGCGCAUGCGCAGUAGGAAACGCUAGCUUGCACACACGUGUAUCAUCUACUGUCUGCUACAAACAUGGCAAAGGGUACAACAACUAAAAAGACACCAAGUAAAGUUCUGAAGAAUGACGUAGAUGUCACCGCUAUCACAAAAAAACAGAAACGCAAAGCGGAAUCUACUGGUGAAACGUCAUUGCCCAAGAAAACUAAAGUCAUCAAUGAUGGUUAUUGCGUUUUUGUUGGAAACUUAAACACCUCCAAAACCUUUGAAGAAGUAACUGCCUCGUUGGAAAAGUUCUUUAUGACACAAAGUCUCAUAGUACAAGACAUCAGAUUAGCUAAAUCCAGAAAACAUGCAUUUAUGGAUUUGGCCUCAAAUAUGGAUGUGACUAAAGCCUUGUCACUGGAUGGGGAAGUAAUUCUUGGUCAGCCACUGACUAUUGAUAAAGCAAAGGUCAAAACAGUGGAGCCUGCGAAAAAGAAGGCGAAGGCUCCUAAACUGGACCAGAAAGCUAAAGAUUCUAGAUGUUUGUUUUUGAAGAAUGUCCCAUAUAACGCAACAAAGAAAGAUAUCAAGGAGGUUUUCCCGAAAGCAAUUGACAUCAGGUUCCCUGAUCAGGCUGACAGCCCAGACAAAGGUAUCGCCUUUUUGGAGUUUAAAAAUGAAGCUAUUGCUAGUAAAAUAAGGACGAGGAAAAAGGGAGCCAUGAUCCAAGAACGGGUUCUCAUCAUUGACCCAGUCGGAGUUGUCAGCAGCAUUAAAAAGAAAAAUGCCAACCCCAAAUCAUCCCAUGAAGUUGAAAUUUCUCCAAGUACCAAACUUUUUGUGAGCAACCUGCCUUUCAACGUGACAGAAAAGAACAUUAAACACAUCUUUAAGAAAGCUCUCACCAUUACUAUGCCAAAGAAUGGUGAUAAAGCAAAUGGAUAUGCCUUUGUGGAGUUUGCCACAGUAGCAGAUGCUGAAAAAGCCAUGAAUGCCACCAAAAAGGUGAAAAUCCAAAAAAGGCUGAUCAAAGUCCAAUUCCAUGAAAAGAGAGAAAAGACAGAGAUUGGAGAAGUGGAGUCAAAAAAACUAUUCGUAUCGAAACUUAGCGACAAGACAACUACAGAGAUUCUUCAAGAAGCUUUUCAGGGAUGUCUCAAUGCAAAAGUUGCCACAGAUAGAGUGACAAGAAAGUCAAAAAGGUUUGGCUUUGUGGAGUAUGAAAAUGAAGAAACGUGUGCAGCUGCCAAAAAGGCCAUGGAGGACAGUGAGAUCAAUGGAACCAAAGUCAGCGUGUGUUAUGCAAGAUCCAAAUCUAAUAAGGUGGGCGGGGCACCAGCAGACGGGGAGUAAAAAGAACAGGUGUACAUUGUGCGUAUGUAUACAUUUGGGUUAUCGUUGUUUUUCAUUUAAGUUUAUGCAUAUGUUGUUUCUCUUGUCACUGAUGAAAUUUUGAAACUGGUUUGUAAAUUUUAGUUGAAAGUUUCUGUCAGGACAAGAAUUUGGAGCUGCAAGGAUGCUAUGUGAUGUUAAAGGCGUGAAAUUUGAAUCUCUACAUAUCACAAUACAAUAGUUUUUGUGUCUACUGUUUUUAUUUGGAUUGUAUUCCAGGCUAAAUUAUCUUGCAACGUCUAUAUUUUACAAAUUGUGCACUGUUACUGUUGUAAUUGUAUGUAACUGGUUCUGAGCAGUGUUACUUUUAAUGGAAGAAUAAUUGUUUAGGGAUCCGUGACAGCACCCUCAUCCCCAUCCUCACCUAGUGGUAAUACAUCUUUUUUUUUUCUGUAUCCAACAAAUUAAAAUGAAUAAAAUUGUUAGCAAGUAUGUGCAGCAAUUUCUAUGCAAGUGGAUUCUGGAUGUUCUUCAAAUAUAUUUUUAUGUUGGGGAGUUAUCCUGGAUGAACUUAAAUAUAUUUUGAAAAGCAAAUAUUGUCUUGUUUUUGUUUGUAUACAUUGUAUUUUCAUUAAAGAUUCCUACACCACCACUGA